GAAGAGGCCCCGGGCCCGCGGCUGGAUGGAGUCGGGCUGCAUUCAGACAGCGAUGGCUAUGGGUCUGACAUCGAAAAAGGCGUCUGUUCGGAGCGUCGGCGUGGAGCGAAAAAACCUCAUCACGGUCUGCAGAUUCUCUGUAAAGACUCUCCUAGAAAAGUACACAGCAGAGCCCAUAGAUGACUCAUCCGAGGAGUUUAUUAACUUUGCCGCCAUUUUAGAGCACAUCCUCAGUCACCGUUUCAAAGGUAACACUGCAGGUUCAGGAAGCUGGUUCAGCUCAGAUGGACAGCGCAGUUUCUGGGAAUAUAUCCGGCUGGCAUGCGGCAAGGUGCAGAACAACUGCAUCGCCAGCAUUGAAAACAUAGAGAACAUCAGCACAUCACGAGCCAAGGGGCGGGCGUGGAUCCGAGUGGCCCUGAUGGAGAAACGUCUGUCUGAAUAUGUGUCCACUGCUCUGAGGGACACGAGAACAACCAGGAGGUUCUAUGACGAUGGAGCCAUUAUGCUGAGGGAGGAGGCCACAGUCCUGACAGGCAUGCUAAUUGGACUGAGUGCCAUUGAUUUCAGUUUUUGCUUGAAAGGGGAGACUCUGGAUGGGAAAUCUCCAGCUGUGAUUGACUACACACCCUACCUGAAGUUCACUCAGAGUUAUGACUACCUGAGUGACGAGGAGGACCGCCGCAGUGUGGACAGCAGUAACAGCGAGGAGAGCGUCCCGGAGCACCCCUACAUCCCUCUGGUGACCGACGAGGAGAGCUGGAGCAACAAGUGUCGCAAGAUGGAGCAGAGGUUUAAGAUCGUCUACGCCCAGAAGGGUUACCUGGAGGAGCUGGUGCGUCUGCGCGAGUCACAGCUGAAGAACGUGGAGACGGAGAACAAGCGUCUGAGAGCUAAGGUGGAGGAGCUGACAGUGCAGAGCCAACAGGAGAAGAAGGAGCUGGAGGCCGUCGUGCUGGAGCUGCAGGCACAACUCUCUGCCCUCAUGCCUUGUGAUUCCUCCCAUCUGGCUAAAGACUUUUCCAUCCCGCUGGUCAACCAGUGGUCCACGAUCAAAAACAACCAAGUCGAUGUCAAACUGUUCCGCAGGAGGAGUUUCCACAGUUUUGAGCAACUUUCUGCCGAAGUCAGUCUGAACUCAGACUCCCAGAAGACUGAUGGGAGACAGAAUGGAGAUGCUGCCUGGACCUCAGCAGGAAAAGACAACACCCCUUCCAUGCUGGGUCUGUGCGGCUCCCUCGCUUCUUUACCGAGCUCCAAGUCCCUGGCCAGCCUCAAGUCAAGCGAGUGUUUGGUCAACAUCAGCACUGAACCCAGCCCUGCGCUCUCUCCCUCCUAGGAGCUCCAGAUCCACCACAACCGAGAUUUAGCCCCCAGCCUGUCUGCCUGGUGAUGCUGCGUUGACCCUGCCAAAACACCUGACCAAAACCCUGCUCCCACCAUCCAUCCGGCUCCAUGAGAAUACAACAGGAAAGCCAUGACACCAUCUCUGGAUUUUUGUACACAUGAGAGUGAAGUCAUCACUAAGCUAAAAGGAGCCAUCUAUUCUGGUUCUUUACCUUCUCCUCGCCUUAUCCACUCGACUUCUCUCUCACUCUCCCACCACCACUUUGUACUGUCUGUGAAUCUGUUCAUCCAAGAUCAUGCAAUUUCCUCUGUCAUCCCUCUUCCAAAGCAUCAAUUUAUUCCCUUAAAUUGUUUUCUCAUAUCGCUCUUUAAUUUUCCUAAGGUAUCAUCUGUGUGUUAGUGCGCCUUUGGCCUGUUUUUUUUUCUUUUUUUUCUUUCCUAUUUUCUUGUCAAAAUGUAACCAAAACAGCACUUGCAGCUCUUUGGACGCAGCCACUAACAAAGAGAGAGAUUCAUUUGAAGAGAUAAAGGUUAUCCAUAUGAAGUAGAGGAUGGGUUUUCACAGACUGUCCUGUCACUGACAUAGCAGUGUGUUUUGUGAGUUUGACUGAAUGGUAUCUUGGGUCUGCCACCCCUGAAAGUGCAUAUCAUUCCUGCUUGAGUAAUCAACCACCACCAACUGUUAAAGUACGUCUAAAUCUGUGCAGCUAUUUAUUUAUUCUACCAAAUGUUAUGCUACCACAUAUGCUCAUUUAUCUCAUUUCAGCCAAUACAGCAGUAGGUUCUUUUUACACAUAGAUUAUACAGUUUAUCGGGUUAUUUUAUUUGUUUUUUGUUGCAAUAAACUGCCUUUUUCCAUUAA